AUUUUCUCUAGCGUCAAUCACGUCCCCGCGCUUCCGGCCCCGCCCGAGCUACACCAGCCCCAGCUCAGACCAGAAGUGCCCAUAUCGCGGCAGCCCCUGCAUCUGCUUUUGCUUCUCCCUCCCCUGCUAGGGCACCAGCACCACCUGCAAAUGUACCUCAUGCACCGACGGCGGCAGCAGCACCCUCCAAGGAGCCAGGAUUGAUGGCCCAAAUGGCGGCGACGGCUGGCUCAGUAGCCGUUGGUUCGACUAUUGGUCAUGGUCUCUCUAACAUGCUUUUCGGCGGAGGAGGAAGCGCUGCUGCUGCCGAAGCCCCCGCGCAGGCUCCGGCUCCUGUCCAGCAACAACAAGCAGGCGGAUUGAGCUGUGAAGCGCAAGCGAAAGAUUUUACCAAGUGUCUGGAUAAGGCUGAUCUCCCAUCAUGCACAUGGUAUCUCGAGCAAUUGAAAGCGUGCCAAGCUGCCGCUGCUCCUUAUUAAAUGCUGCCUGGUCGCGCCUAAAUCUUAAUACCUAGAUCCAUGCGACAGAAUGCUCAAGAAGAACCGCAUGAUAUUCAAUCCUGAAUUCUUUUUACCUUCAUAACAAGCCCGUCGUGUGUAUAUCAAAUAAAAAGUUGAUUAGCUAUUCGUCAUCGGUCUGCCGCACUCUUUUGAGGUAUUGCGUA